AUGACGCUUUCCUUCAAACGCAACCCUGCCCCCUCCGGAUUCCCUCUCGACCCGCUGCGACAGCAGUUUGGCGGCCAGAAGAAGAAGAGCGGCCUGGGAACCGUCCACGUUAUCCCCACCCUCGAUGAGCUCCUUGAGGACGACCUGCUGAGCGGGUUCUACUCCAAGUCCGAGUUCACCCAGUACUUGCAGCUGAUCCACUGCGUGGAGAACUUGACGUUUGUCAUCGCCAUCAACCUGUAUAUCGCCAACCCCCUGCUCUCGAAGUGGAAAGUGUUAUACCAAGAGUUUUUCACCGAGUUCCUGGACAGCGAGAUCAACUUGCCCCUGCACUGCAAGAACAUGGUGCUGGCGAUGCUGACGCCCCGCGUCGAGGUGUUGCUCCAGCUUAAACGCGUGAUCUACGACGAUAUCCUCUUGGACUUGUAUAACGAGUUCAUCAAAGAGCAGAAGCUUAAGCUUCAGCGACAAAACCCCAACGCGCUGUUUAAGCGGCGCGAGGGUCUCACCACAGCGCUGGCGCUGAUGGUGCUGCUGCGCCUGCCCCCGACAUUGUCGUCGGACUGUCCCCUCGACUGCGAUACCGACCACGAAUGCUUUAGCCCCAAGCUGGCGCCGCUGCUGCGGGGACUGCUGAUCGGGCUGAUCGUCGACUCGUUCAAGAUGGACCUCAAGAAGUUCCGCCGGCGCCGCUUGUCGAGCGACAAGGACUUGCCCGAGGUCGUCGAAUCCUAA